ACAAACAUGCCUUCAAAGUAUGGAUUUUUAUUACUGCUUGUUUGCAUAGGAUGUGUUUUGUUAUUUAUUACGUUCAUGGAGAAAAGUUUAUGGUCAAAGAAAGAAAUUCCGAAAAUAAAUCUAAUACAGCUUGAAACAAUAUAUGAAGUAACUGACACAUCAUCAGAAAUUUCUAGAAUCAUAAUUGAGCCAUCAUGCAAUGCUACUUUUGCGAUAUGGAUUGUCACCUCUUAUGCGGGUGAGCCUUCAGCAAGGAGCGCUUUACGGCGAGCUUAUACAGAUGAAGAGUUGCAGGCUUUAGGAAUCAGAAGAGUAUUUUUACUCGGUACAUUAAAUGAAUAUGCCGAAAAGAAGACACAUAUACUGCAAAACGCAUUGUUGGACGAGUCACGACGAUUCAAUGACUUACUUCAGGGAGAUUUUUUAGACACUUAUAGAAAUUUAACUCGCAAGCACCUAAUGGGCCUUCAGUGGGCAGCAAAUAAUUGCAAAAAUGUUAAAUAUAUUAUGAAAAUGGACGAUGAUAUUAUUGUAAAUAUAUAUGGUAUAUUAGAGAAAUUACACUCAGGUAUGAUAGAAAAGAAUUCUUUGACUGGUUAUAUUAUGAAGAAUAUGAUUCCUGUUCGAGAACCAGCCAAUAAAUGGUAUGUGAGUAAGGCGGAAUAUGCAGAUAAUAUUUAUCCCGACUUUGUCUCUGGCUGGCUGUAUAUCACGCAUCCACAAAUAGCAAGUCGACUGAUUGAUUAUGUCGUGUCUUUCCAUGAUUACUUUUGGAUAGACGAUGUGUUUGUCACUGGUAUCCUCAGACAAGCUCUAAAUAUAAAAAUUCAAAAUAUCAGUGAGUUAUUUACGACAGAUUAUAGAUAUUUGGAAUGUUGUAUAAAGGGAAAAACAAAUCUACUGAAAUGCGAAUUCUUGGCUGGUCCUAAUGGCGGCGAUACAGAGUUGCAAGUGAGAUUCAAGGAAUUUGCAAAAUUUUGCCAUGCAAAUUGUUCCAUCCGUAAGGAGAAUAAUCUUGUUGGCAAGACCUGCGUGAUGGCGUACAAGGAGCCAAAAUUAUACAAAGGUGCUGUGCAAAUAAGUCCAGUCAGAAUUUUAUAAAGAAAUAAUAGAGG